AUAAGGUUAACGGUGAACCUUCAUAACAUUGCUUUGCUUGAGGAGGGAGUGCGAGUAAAUCAAGGAAAAUAUGGCAGAUUUGUUCUACUUUCCGCUCUUUAUUUUGAUAUUGACAUGCAUCUUUUCGGUUUCAUCACUCAAUCCCCAAGUCAUCAAAGAGAAAAUUCUAUGGGAAAGGAACGGACCAGGCGAAGUGACGGAGUUCCGGAUUCCGCUUCUCAUUCAAGUCCCGACGGGAGAUUUGCUGGCUUUCAGCGAAGCACGCAAGUACAGUGGAGCCGAUGCUGGGGCGAAGUUUAUCGCGAUGCGCCGUUCGAGAGACGGCGGGGACACAUGGGAUCCCACUGCAUUCAUCCUCAAUGACUACUACUCGGUCCCGGAUGGAACUAAUCUUGGGACAGUAACCAUCGAACACGAGACUAAUAAACUUAUUCUAAUUCACACAUUCUGCAUUCAUCAUUCCAGCCCAUCUUGUUUGAACGGAACCGGCGAAAACCCCACUGGACUGUACAUGGUCACGAGUUCAGACUGGGGAUAUUCUUGGUCCAAAUCGGUGUAUCUUGGAGACAGGAACCCACUCCUGAAAGGCAUCCAGUACAACCCUGGACCUGGAUAUGGGAUCCAAAAGAAGUAUGAGCCGAAUAAAGGAAGGCUUGUGUCAUGUGGACAAGGAGUCACCGGCCUAUACUGCCUCGUUAGUGAUGACAAAGGAUUGACUUGGCGGAUGAAUUCUGGAAUAUUAAACAUGCCACAGACAGGCGUACUGAAGACUGGUGACUUUGUACCUGGAGAAGUACAGGUUGUCGAACUGAAGAACGGUACGUUGUUGAUCAACGCCCGCAACCAGCACACUUUUCACUGCAGCUGUCGCAUCCAGGCUUUGAGCUUUGAUGGCGGAGAGACCUUUCCCUUGCCUCAAGUCACAUUCAAAGAAGAACUCAUCGACCCGCGGGUCUGCGGCUCGCUGCUCAACUACAAUGACACCCUCUUCUUUAGCAACCCCUUCAAUGCGAAGAGCCGCAUCAACCUCACGCUCCACUGGAGCACGGACUCCGGGGAGACUUAUCCUCAUUAUUUCACCAUCCACCAAAGGGGAGUGGCUAUUCGUGUCUGACAACGAUCGAUGAGAAUCAUAUAGGUAUGGUGUACGAAAAGAACGACAUUGCAUACAUUUCAUUCCUGAAGAUUCAGUUGAACCCUUGAAAAGGACAGAGAUGGUAUCAGUUUUCACUCAGGACUUUAAGGAAGUGUUUUUAUUGUCUAAGCAGUGCCAAUGAAAAAUCCUCAUGACUUUUAGAUGAAUAACUGAUUUUGUUUAAGUUGAAAAUGAAUUUGAAUACCGGUAGAGUUUUAUGAGAAAUUUAUCACUUAAAGUGCUAGAUUAGAAGGUAGAAAAACAAAAUUAUGAAGAUCAGGGAAAACAGGCCCUCUAAAUGCUGACAAGACUUCCCAUUGCUUUGAUACAUGUAUUUUAUUGUUUCUGUUGCUCUAAGCCAAAAGAGGGUCAAUGUGAGUUUUGUCUGAUUUAAUAAUCAACAUUAAAAUAAGAUUUGUUAGCCUUCUACAUCUAUUUACAUGUGAAAGUGCUCAUACAAUGACACCUCAUUGGAAAGUUAUAUAUUGGAGUGGUAAUGUACAUUGUAUAUGUCUAAAGAAGGUCAUGCCUUUCCCAGAAG